AUGACAUUGGUUCUUCUAUUUAUUCCAUUUUUUCUCAAUGUUGGCUCUGCGCAACUAUGCAAAAAAGUGGCAUAUUCAGUACAGGGAUAUUUCCUCAGAGAUCAUUUGAUCUCUACUUCAAACGUUAAAAAUAUCGGCCAAUGUUUGGUCGCAUGCUCGCAGGAUCAGCGUUGUCGGAGUAUCAAUUUUAAGUUUCUUGGUUCCAUUUGUGAGCUAAAUGAUGCUGACAGGGAAAUCAAACCUGGAGACUACCAAUUAAACGAUGGCUAUGCCUACAGCGAUUACCCCAUCAAGGUGAGAGUCAAAAUAAAUUUAUAUGAUGCGGCAUUUUUAACAAAGAUCUUUGAGGAAAAAAAUAGCUAUUGCAACUCCAAAUGUCAAGAAACCUAAAGACCAGACUUCCAAGCAUGGAUAUAAAUAAUAUGAUAUACCCAAGAGCAAUCACGAAUUUGAAUCCUACAUGAUAGUAUUUAAGGAAAAUUUGCCACAAGAAACAGCUACCAAACCUGCAGUAUUAUGGAGCGUCGUUUUCCCAUAGCUAUGAAAAAUUUAAUUUGUGGAUUUUUUAUGCGUCCCUAUCAAGAAAGAUGUGCAUAUUGGGCAUAUCAGACACUCUAGGUAUAAACUAAAUAUAAUACAACGGAAAUCACUAGGGAACGGAAGAUUUCAGUCUUUCAGAUGGUCGAUAUAGUUUCAGCCAGUAGAACUACUUUCCACAAGUUCAAGGUACAAGGUAAGAGAAAUAGUAACAUAAGGGCUCUAGAAAACUGAACAUAAACCGUGGGCUUAUCCAACUGAUUAAUAUGGUUAGACAUAUCAAGGGAUGAAAGUAAGAUUUAACACCAAGUGUAACAAAUAAAAGAUGGAAAGUUGUUAUAAUAUUGAGCCCAGCUCUGGCCUUGUGGAAGUGGAUGCUCUCACCCUGACUGACCGGCCCUAGCUACACUGAUCUUAGUAGUAAAUUUAAGGUCUCGACGUGAACAUAUAUUUCACUUUAAUAGGCACCACUGAACCACAAAGUGUACAAGAUGACUCCACAGUUGCUCAAGGCGCAUGCCUCAUACAUCGACAAUUUUCACUCCAUUGACGAUGAUCAAGUAAAUUUUCAUGAGAUAACAGAUGAAAGGAUCCCCAAUUCAGCUGACAUGGCUCUAUUGAAAAUUCCUUUGAUACCUGCUGGAAUGCUUCCAGAUCAAGCUCAGCUGACCGUUAAAAUAAUUGCAACCAAUGAAAUCAACACCGGAGUCGACAGCGAUCCAUCUUAUGGCCUAUCAGACGGAACCAAUUUUGUGGGAUUUGAAGUCGUUGACACAAACAAUUAUGACACCAACCCUCCCUGUUUUGGAACGGAGGGUACAUCAGGGUUAUUACUAAAAGAAAGAGAGUACAUUGAUAUGGAUACUCCCUUGAUCAGCAAACGUGUCUAUCCUGGACAGUUUAUCUUCACUCUGAAACCGCAUAUGAUGUGGGGAUCGUGCUUUACUACUCAAGACGGCGGCUUUAACAAGACAGCAUUGUACAGCAAGCGACUGAAGCCUAGCAAGGGUCUUAUUCUUGAAGUUUAUAAAGAUGGCAAAAAAGAGAGAGUUGGCAUUAAGUACAUUGAGGUCCACAUAAUAAAAAGUAGCUAGUAGGAACAGACGAUACUAUUUUCAACACAAAAAAACUAAUAACAUAAACUCAUAAACUCAUAAAACUCUCCGAUGGGUGCUUCACUAACUUAUUAAACUAUGUCCCAUCAAUAAAUGUGACGAUGACGAUGAUGAUGAUGAUGAUGAUGAAGACGGCGAUGGUAAUGAUGAUUUCUUUUACGUUCCUAUAGCUCAUUCAAGCUAGUUGGUUGGGAUUAUUAAAAGCUAAGAAAUAAAGUGUACAAGCGUCAUUGUAUUUUAUUAAGCUUUCCAUUGUUUGGCGGCGUCCAUUUUCACUGAGCACAGUUUGAGUAUUUCUUUACCAAUCACCUAUACAUUGUAGGUUAUAUAUAGCUAUUAGUAGAUUGCGCCGAUUUUGCAAAUUAACUUUUGGCUCUUAGCCAAUAAAAAGACAUUAUGGGGAAAACAAGAUGGUGACUGAUAAAAAACAAUCAUUGGAUGAGGGUUUUGUGAUAUCCGGAAUAAUCAAGGACGAGGUAAGUGUUAUCAGCCGAGCCGAAGGCACGCGAGAAAGGCGAUGCGCUGUAGGGAGAGAGAUGGGGUGAUUUUCACGCACGCUCGCGUUUUGUUCGCUCUUUUAUCCCUGAGGAAAAAUGGAGGAGUACUCGUACUCUACCUCUUUACUACAGUGAGGGCUCGACUCAAUUUUUUAGUGUGAAAAUAAGUGUUGGCUUUGGAGCUGAAAAAUAUUACUUGCGAUUCCAAGCUCGGAUCAGAACCUUAAUGGAACAUGCGUCCUAAAUAAAGUUUCGGGAAUUGCGAGUGCAAUAGCUGCAGGAUCAAAUCAAGAACAAAGAGAAUUUUAACGACAAAAGUUUUAUUAGUACUGUCAGUUCUUUUUCCAAUAUUUCAUACUUUUUUAGUCAAACGCAGUGGCUACCGCCAGUAAAAUAAUCUUCCAACAAAGUUACUUUUGGUUUAUUUGCUCCAUGUGAAAACACAUUUUUUAAAAUAUUUUUUCAAAAUGCUAUUUUCAAUCGCAGUUGUUGGUUCAGAGUUUGCAAGUAAUUGACACUGCUCCCAGGACUGUUUCUUUGUUGUUUCUCCAAUUUGAUGCUCUACAUUCAUUGGACAAAAGCGUGACUUUUAAAAUUUUUAUAUACAAACUAAGGUAGGCUAGGUUUUAGAAUUUUUGAAAGGCUGCUGUAACGGUUUGUUUAAACGAAUUAUAACUUAGGCUGCGCUUAACGAAAUUACUGCCCCUUUCAGAUCUCUUCCUAUAAAGAAGACUGUAAAAAGGUAAAUAUUUCUCUAGUCUAUCCUAGAUGCUUCCAUAAAACUGUUCGCGAUAAACGUUGUUUAUAUAAAGACGUUAGGCAAAAUGAAAAUGGGCCGCAUCGCAAGGUUUGUUAAUCACUGGCUAAACCCGGUUUAAAUAAACGACCCUAAAAGUCUGUGCCUUUAAAAACGAAACAAACAAACAAAACAAUCAUACAAACAAAAACAAAAAAACAAACAAAAACAAACAAACAAAUGAAAAACUUAUUGUAGUCUUCAAGUUCUAUAGUAAAAGUGACAGUUUCUCUUCCACAAUGCUCAACCUAUCGACAGCUUUAUAUUAAUUUUAAUUGCUUCAUUUAAAGUUCAUAAUCCAGAAAAUGUAAAUCACAUUGUGAUCCUUCAAAUAUUUCCUAACGCGGUAUGAAUUAAAAUUUUUAAAAUAUAUAUUUAAAAAGCUUAAUAGACUAUUCCAUCGCUCAACUGAAAAAUAAUCGAUUGAAACUUUUGUUAAUGAAUCUGACAGCGGGGCACAGCAUAAGAUACUACUAUAAACGUACAAUGGAAAAACAUUCCUGCUGACUCAGUACAGGCAAUCUUGAAUUAUGAAAACGAAAAGACAAAAAUAUCACUUCAAAACAAUAGUUUCUGGAUGACACGUAACAAUUACUGGACUGAAAAUUACAAAGUGAGUAACUGAAGGGUUUCAGGGGGAAGUAGUGAUGGUUUUCAACAAACAAGAAAUUAAAUUAAAAACAAAACAAAACAAAACAAGACAAAAAAACAAAAACAAAAAAAAAACACGUUUGUACACUUGAAUAAAAAAGCGCGAUCUUUCAUCAAAAAUUCAUUUCCAACAGCUGCACAGCUUCCUUCCAGAACUCUCUGGGCAAUCUUAAUCAACUCAAAGUUUAGCUAGCGAUGAAGCUGGUUUUCCUAUUUAUACUAGUUAUUGCGUCUUUUCUUAUGAUCGCCGCGUCUACGCAACACUGUAAGAAGGCGGCAUAUUCUCAGCAAGGUUAUUAUCUUAGAAAUCAUUUGAUCUCUACUCCAAAUGUGAAAAAUAUUGGCCAGUGUCUAAUUACAUGCUCGCAGGAACGUCGCUGUCGCAGCAUAAAUUUCAAGUCUCUUGGUUCGAUUUGUGAGCUGAAUGAUGCAGAUAAGGAAACCGACCCAGGGGACUAUAAAGUGAACACUGGUUACACCUACAGCAGUUACCCCAUGAAGGUAAAUGUUCGGUCAAAAAAAGGUCGCGCCAGAUUUAUGAACAGAGAUCCCUUAUGUUGAGAUGUAUGCAAGUCUUGUUCCCUAUUAUUAGCCUUUUGUAAGCAAAGGUGGUCGACCUUAAUUUUUUAUAUUUAAUAAUAAUAAUAAUAAUAAUAAUAAUAAUAAUAAUAAUAAUAAUAAUGAUAAUGAUAAUAAUAAUAAUAUUAUUAUUAUUAUUAUUAUUAUUAUUAUUGUUAUUAUUAUUAAAUUUAGAAGAGAAAUCUGCCAUCAGAAAGCUCCAAAAAAAUUUCCGGGUUCCGAAAAAAAAAUAUAGCACAAGACCCGCGGAGUUCAUUACUUCACACACUCUAACCACUAUGUAGUAGAUACUUUAUGACCAGCAGGGUCGAAAUUUUAAUUAUAGUUUAACUACACUAGCCACUGAGGUAUACGGGGAAUUGCUCGAAAUCGGCCGUCCACCAGUGUACAAGACCAAGGCUGUACGACAUAAUAUUGAAGUUUCCGAGUGGUAGCUCUAGAUGAAAUUCGAACUCAGAAUUCCGGGUCGGAGGUCCUAUCCCGGCACUGAACUACUAGAGAGCCUCUGCUUGAGUAUUUCUUACAACGAUCGCUUUGCCCCAUUCCAAUGUAAAACCGACGAUUUGAUGAAGAACGGGCGACAAAAUCGACGUCGCAGGUACCCAUACGCUAUGGCGAGCAGGAUUGUGCACUUUUUAAAAUGCUUUUUAUAAUUAAGCAACGGUCGAAUUUAUUUUUUUUUUUCUGUCAUAGAAACCAUUCACCAAUAAAACGUAUAACAUGACUCCUUUGUGGCUCGAAGCCCAUGCUACCUACAUCGACGUUCAUUAUUCCGUGACAACUCAUCAGAUAACGUUCGUAGGAGACGAUGACAUCCGCCAAGCUCAACGAUACAAAGCUGUUUUAAAAGUACCAUUGUUAGCCGCUGGCCAACUGUCAGACGAAACUCCGCUGACCGUUAAUAUAACAGUAAACACUGACGUCAUCAUUGGACAAUCAAGUGACAGCGAUCCAAUAUUUGGCCUGUCCGAUGAAACCAAUUUUAUUGGGUUUCAAACAGUUGACAUAAAUAAUUAUCCAAAUUAUGCCCCAUGUUUUGGGAUCGAGGGAACAUCCGGGGAUAUUCUAAAAGGGACAGAGGAAAAAGAAGCCACAUCUUCACAGAUAAGCGACCGAUUUUAUCCAGACGAAUUCGUCUUUACUCUGAAGGUACACAAGCUACGGGGAUCGUGCUUUACUGCUCAAGAUGGCGCCUAUAACAAGACGGCACUAUACAGCGAACGACUGAAGCUUAGCAACGGCCUUACUCUUGAAAUUUAUAAAGGCGGGGAACACGAGAGAGUUGGUAUUAAAUACAUUGAGGUCAUCAUUACAAAAAGCAGUUGGUAG